CCCUCGCCGAGCUCGCACGAGCGCGGUGUGGCAGGCGGCGCGAGACAGAGGAGCCAGAGGAGGAAUCCGCGCGCGUGGAGCGGACGUAGUUUGGAGGAACGGGAGCGGGAUGACAGCUAGGGUAAGGGAGCUCACCUGAAUUCCGCUUUCUUCAUGACCGGAACAGAAGAUAGAGACUACAACAGCAAAUCACAAAUGGGAUUCUAUGAAAAGUCCAUAAUGCGCUGGAGGAGAGCCAGCUGUGUCAGGCGCUGGUAGGGAGGACUGCACGCCAUCCAGGGAGCUACGAUGGGUCUUGGUGAGGCUGUAGACGUGAACAGAAAAAUCAAGGAUGCUGCGUCAAAACGCCAACCCUGGACAGCACUGAAGCCCUUUGUCUAAAAUUGAUCUUGGCGGUACGACAGGGGCAGCCACAAGCUGCCGGAUCUAACACGACCCAUGGAGGCGUGGCCUCAUCUUCUCCAUCCCUGCGGCUGCUGGUAACGCCAGCCAAGUUAACAGCGAUGCCGUCCAAGGUCUCAUGCCUGUACUUGCUGACAGUGGUUUGCUGGGCCAGCGCCCUGUGGUACCUCAGCAUCUCCCGCCCCUCGUCGUCAUACGUCGGCCAGAUGGCUUUUCCGGUACGCAAGGCGCCCAAAGGGAACAAGAAUGCCACUUUUAGCAACAUCCGCACGCGUUCUCUGAACCCGCACGACUUCGGCUACCUCAUCAAUGAAGACAAGAAGUGCGAGGCUGAGCCGCCGUUCCUGGUCAUCCUGAUCAGCACCACCCACAAGGAAUUCGACGCCCGGCAGGCAAUAAGAGAAACGUGGGGCGAUGAGAGCACCUUUCCGGACGUGCGAGUAGUCACCCUUUUCUUGUUGGGGCGCAGCACGGAUGCUGUCCUCAACCAGAUGGUGGAGCAGGAGAGUCAGAUCUUUCAUGACGUAGUCGUGGAGGACUUUAUUGACUCAUACCACAACCUGACGCUGAAGACCCUGAUGGGCAUGCGUUGGGUGGCCACAUUCUGCCCCAAGGCUCAGUAUGUUCUCAAAACGGACAGUGACAUCUUUGUCAACAUGGAGAACCUCAUCUAUAACCUCCUGAAGCCCACCACCAAGCCUAGGAGAAGGUAUUUUACAGGCUACGUCAUCAACGGUGGGCCCAUCAGAGACAUACGCAGCAAGUGGUACAUGCCCCGGGAUCUUUACCCUGACAGCAAAUACCCACCCUUCUGCUCUGGCACCGGCUACGUCUUCUCAGCAGAUGUAGCCGAGCUCAUAUACAAGAUCUCUUUGCACACCAGGCUCCUCCACCUGGAGGACGUCUAUGUUGGAGUUUGCCUCCGUAAGCUGGGCAUCCACCCCUUUCAGAACAGUGGCUUCAACCACUGGAAGAUGGCCUACAGCCUCUGUCGAUACCGCCGCGUGGUCACCGUCCAUCAGAUCUCCCCUGAGGAGAUGCACCGCAUCUGGAAUGACAUGACCAGCAAAAAGCACCUUAAAUGUUAGCAGAGCUGGUAGCACAUCCACCUGCAAGGCGGACGGGAGGGAUUAGAAUUCCUCUCGUUGUCCUAGGGGGGUAAAUACUGGACCGGGCCGUCCUGAUCAAGAGCUCUUGCUAGCAAUUGCUUGGCCAGAAAUCUGUGAAAAGCCAAAGCAAUUUACUCGACGUGACCCGGUCCAUCGAGGGGGUUUGCUUCCAGUGUAUCUCUAAGAUAAAUCAAAGCGGGAGUUUUGUUUUACCAAAUUUUGCAAGGCGGUUUGUCUUCUUUGCCAGCAGAGUUUCUUUCUCAACCAAUUGUUCCAAUCAAAUUUGAUAAAUAAGGACUUACACACACUUUUGCAACCUCUCUAAAUAUGAAUGUUCUUCUUGUUUUUUCUGUUCUAACUUGAGAUGAUCAUGUCGAGAACUCUGCAGUAGUCAUUCUAGAGGGAUCCUGAAGUGGAAUCGGCAGUGUUCCUCUCGGAUGUUUUUCUUAUGACCGAUCACAGGUCUUUUUGUUGAAGAAACGGUUCCAAACAAAAAGAUCAGUUGCCGUCAUUCACACGUGAAUGUUAACUCCUUUUAAUGUGUAAAGUGCGGUCUCAGGCAGUGCUGUAAGCAGCCUGUAGACUGAUCUAUUUUCUAUUACUUGAACAUGGAGCAGAGCAAAGACGGUAUCAGAAGGAGAUACUGAGAACAAAUCUUACAUUUGAGUGCUAUUUUUGUUUCCAUUUCUUGGGUUAAAAUAAACUGCUUUUUUAAAAAAUAAUUUUUGUGUUUUUUUCCAAUGAACAUUCUCACUGCAAUUUGUUUCAGAAAAAAACAUUGGGGAUGUAACAAGACUGACUAAAACCAAGUGUCCUUGAAGAUGUUUUAUUUCUUUAUCCCUUAAUACAAAGUCUUUUGCAGGAUUUAAGUGAAAGAAGGUCAUUUUUUGGUCUAGUUUUAUAGGGGGUAAGUGGAGCCUCAAUGGUAAUUUAGUGUAAUUUGGUUUUUACAGCGCCAAUUUACAACCGAGGGGGUCUCAAGGAGCUAUGCAACGAAUGUUAGGCACAUCAAACCAAAGAAAAUGGUGGAUUGUGAUAGGUA